AGACUAAUAUUAAACCCCAAAAACCAGAUGAAAUCAUGACAUGCGCCCUUCUUAUCUUAUCAGUCAGAUUUGCACGUUCGCAUUUCGCCGGGCAUUUGUACCUCAACAACGCAACAAUGGACACCAAAAUCAUUUUAAUUCUAGCAUUUUGCACUGGCAUCACUGUAGCUAUCGACUGUACAGGCGAUGAUACCACCACGUGUGCAGACGUGGUUUGUGCUACGGGAUUCGUGCCAACGUGUGAACAGAAUAUAUGCACGUGUAAUCCCACACCUGAUCCAUCAGCGUGCUCGAUCGUCAGUGACUGCGACAUAUACUGGCAGUCUCAUCAUUGCAACAAGCACCAUAGAGAGUGUGUUGGAGGUCACUGCCAGUGCGCACAUGGACACGGACGUUAAGACGACUACAUUGACAAUGCACGCCCAGGAUUAUGAAUGAUUGAAACGAAAAUGCAAUUUUAUCAAAUGAUACGUCUUUAAAAUCUAAAAAUAAAGGUAGCAAAUACAGA